AUGACAGCCGAAUAUAAGCAAGUAUUAUACGAUGUACAAAGGCAAAAUGGCAAUAAGAACUGUGUGGAUUGUGGUGCACCAAAUCCUCAGUGGGCUUCUGUCUCCUUCGGCAUCUUUAUUUGUUUAGAAUGUUCUGGUAUUCAUCGCUCAUUUGGUGUUCACGUCAGUUUCGUUCGUUCUAUUACAAUGGAUAAAUGGUAUGACGAUCAAAUAAAAAAGAUGAAGCUUGGUGGAAAUACACAAUGGCGAGAAUUUUAUGAAGCAUCUCCCGAUUACUAUCCAGAGAUGUCUUUACGAGAUAAAUAUCAUAGUAGUUUUGCAGCUUCCUAUCGAGAAAAGUUAACAGCAUUAUGCGAAGGUAAAAAAUGGACACCUUCAAAGUCAUCAUCCAAUCGAACUUCGAGUCGCCCUUCCUCAAUGAGUAAUAAACGCUCUUCGGUUCAGUCAACAAGCCACGUAAAUUCAGAAGCUCCCUCAUCAUAUCAAUCAUAUCAAUCUAAUGGGUCAAUCCCAAACGAUGGCAACAGUUUUUCAUCUGACAAGUCACGUAAUGAAACAUACUUCACAAGUCUUGGACGUAUUAAUGAAACCCGUUCGGAAAACCUUCCACCAAAUCAAGGUGGUAAAUAUACUGGUUUUGGUAACCCCGCUUUUUCGGACGCCCCUCCUUCAUCAUCGUCUUCAGUUCCUGACUUUGAUGAAUUGAUAAAUAAUCCGGUUGGCGCUUUGACAAAAGGAUUGAACAUUCUGGGACAUCACGUUAUAGAGGGUGCGAAGCUAGCGGCGCAGGGCGCGGAAACCUUGGGACAAACGGUAAAUGAACAUGUAAUAAGGCCUACAACCGAAAAAGUUAGGGAUCCGGAUUUCACACAACAACUUUCCGGUUAUAUGGUAGGAAUUGGUAAAACGGUAACCGAAACUGCUUCACGUGGAAUUUCAACUAUCUCUAAUAUUUCGUCGACUGCAACAUCUUACGCCCGAUCGAAUUACGGAACAAUAUCGGAUGGUAACAGUAACAAUUAUUCUGAGCAAUCCACUAACUAUGAUAAUGACUUUUUCUCGGACACUAUGAAUCAUUAUCAACAAAGAAAUUCACCUACAAGCAGUAGGAGUAAUUCUCCUAUGUCGUUCAAUGCUAAUACGCGUUCGGCCUCUCCAAAAACGUUGGGCAAUUCAACCACUCGAAGAAAAAAUGGAAAAUCGGAAUUAAAGAAAGAUGAUGAAUGGGAGGACGAGUGGAAGAGUUGGUAA